GCUGAGUACACAGUGGUCAAUGUUUAAAAGUUCCAUGUAGCCUUCAGGUCCAUUGCAACUACUGAAAACUGGUUGGGCAGUACGUUUACAGGACGCUGUGUAUUACAGAAGUGAAUUUCCAUUUGCAACGAUGCAAGCAAGUGAUCUGGUGACACACCUGCGCAUACCAGAACUUUGGGAGGUCCGGCAGUUUGUUCGCUCUCUUCCACCAUCGGCUCUAAUAGGCAUUGGCACCAUUGCAGCCCUGAUAGCAUACUGGUAUGCCACAAGACCUAAGCCACAGAAACCUCCGUGUGACCUGACCAAGCAGUCUGUUGAAGUGCAGAAUGGUGAACUUGCUCGGAAAAGUGUACUACUUCAACAGAAAGAUCUGAUAACUUCAUACUAUGUGGAUGUGAGAACCCUGUAUGAUGUGAUGAAAAGGGGUUUGGUUAUAUCGAGUAAUGGUCCUUGUUUGGGGUCAAGGAGCCCAAAUCAGCCUUACGAGUGGAUAUCCUACCGAGAAGUUAUAUCCAGAGCAGAACAUGUGGGUUCAGGAUUAUUCACACGAGGGUACAGACCAGGGAAUAACCAAUUUGUAGGAAUAUUUGCACAGAACAGACCAGAAUGGGUUAUUAUUGAACAGGCCUGUUACACCUACUCCAUGGUGGUGGUACCAUUGUAUGAUACAUUGGGAGAUGAAGCCAUUUCCUACAUCUUAAACAAAGCGGAUAUUGCAAUUGUAUUCUGUGACACACAAGCCAAAGCAGAAUCUGUAUUAAACAGUGUGGAAAGUAAGCAAACGCCAGAUGUUAAGAUCAUCAUUAUCAUGGAUCCUUUUGGAACUGAGCUAAAGCAACGAGGAAUUAACAGUGGAGUUGAAAUUGUAUCUUUGAAGACAAUUGAGUAUGCUGGAAGAGAUCAAAAAUGGAAGCCAAAACCACCGCAACCUGGUGACUUAGCUGUUAUUUGUUUCACAAGUGGAACCACAGGCAAUCCUAAAGGGGCAAUGCUGACGCAUAGAAACAUCGUGUCUAAUUUCUCUGCAUUUGUGAAAGUCACAGAGGGGCAAUGGGUGGCAUCACCCUCUGACAUACACAUUUCCUAUUUACCACUUGCACACAUGUUUGAACGCUUGGUGCAGAUUGUGGUUCUAUGCCAUGGUGCACGAAUUGGCUUCUUUCAGGGAGACAUCAGAUUGCUAAUGGAUGACAUCAAAGUUUUGCGGCCAACUAUUUUUCCUGUUGUCCCUCGACUGCUAAAUAGGAUGUAUGAUAAGAUCCAUAGCCAGGCCAACAGCUUUCUAAAAAGAUGGAUAUUGCAAAUUGCUACUUGGAGAAAAACAGCAGAGCUUCGAAAAGGCAUAAUGCGACGCAACAGCAUAUGGGACAAGUUGGUCUUCCGGAAAAUACAGGAUAGUCUUGGUGGCCAGGUAAAAUUAAUGGUAACUGGUGCGGCUCCUGUGUCUGAGACCGUGCUUACCUUCAUCAGGGCUGCUGUCGGUUGCCAGUUUUAUGAGGGAUAUGGACAAACUGAGUGCACUGCAGGCUGUUCAAUGACCCUUCCUGGAGAUUGGUCAGCAGGACAUGUUGGAGCUCCAAUGCCUUGCAAUCUGAUUAAACUUGUUGACGUAGAAGAAAUGAACUAUUUUGCAAGAGCAGGGGAGGGUGAGAUAUGUAUAAAAGGGACAAAUGUUUUCCGUGGUUACCUUAAAGACCCUGAGAAAACAGCAGAAGCUCUGGAUAACCACAGCUGGUUGCACACAGGGGAUAUAGGAAAAUGGCUGCCAAAUGGCACUCUGAAGAUAAUUGACCGAAAGAAGCACAUCUUCAAACUGGCACAGGGCGAGUACAUUGCACCAGAAAAAAUUGAGAACAUCUACAUCCGAAGUGAGCCUGUGGCCCAGGUGUUUGUCCAUGGUGACAGUCUGCAGGCCUUUCUGGUGGGAAUUGUGGUACCUGAUCCUGAAGUGUUACCUGCAUGGGCACAAAGGAGAAAUAUUACAGGGACAUUUGAGGAAUUGUGUAAAAACAAGGUUUUAAAGGAUGCUAUUUUAGCAAAUUUGACACAAAUUGGAAAGGAAGCUGGACUCAAGUCAUUUGAACAAGUGAAAGAUAUCACUCUGUAUCCUGAGAUGUUCACUGUUCAAAAUGGCCUUCUGACUCCAACGUUCAAGGCAAAGAGGGCAGAGCUGAGAAAAUUCUUUAGUUCACAGAUUGCUGAACUUUACAAAAACAUCACUGUAUAAACAAACACUUUUUUUAAGCAAAUGUAAUUAAUGGCCUUGGUGAUUUGGUAAUGGUAAACUGUUAACAGAUGCUUUGCAAUGACCUCUAACGAGAGUAUAUAUUUUGUACAACAAGCCUUGUGAGCCAAAAAUCUCAGAGAUCACUGUUUAAAUAUAUGGAUUUCCAAAAUACCUUAUAUUUGGAACACUCAUCUCUUUCAUGGGGGAAUGGGAUAGCAAACUUGAUAUGAAGUGGAAGCACAAAGCUGCACAUGAGUAAAAGAUGUACAGUUGUCUCAAAUGCACUAUUGAAUAACAUUCUUUUUAUAUCAAUGUAUACAGCAACUGUUGCACAAAUAUCUAAAAAUGAAAUGAAGAAUAACACUGAAAGUUUUAACAAGGUUACAUUUUUAAUUUAUGAUAUCUCCCGAAGAUUUAAUAUUUGAUGUAUAAGGAAAAAAGGCUUGGCAUUGUAAAUGUUUUUGUACACAGAACCAAAACAGAAUUUGCAAAAUUGUCAGUAAAAUUAAAAUAAAAGUAUGUUUUAUGUAUUUCGUUUAUCAUUCAGUUCUAUGCAUUGAUGACAAAAAAAUUACUUGCUGUGCUGAAAUAAGGUGAAUAUAGUCACCUUGUGAAGUGUAUUAUGUGACCACCCCCACUGUCUGCAAACUGGUACUUUGUUAUCAAGACACCAAAACCUGUUUCAAUAGUUUAGAGGAACCCCGAUUAUCCGGCAUUUGAUCAUCCGACCAAAAUCGCCAGGUCCCAAUACUUGGCUAAUUAUGUUAUCCUGAAGAAGGGCUCAUUCCCGAAACGUCGAUUCUCCUGCUCCUUGGAUGCUGCCUGACCUGCUGCGUUUUUCCAGCAACACAUUUUCAGCUCUAAUUAUGUUAUCCGGCACUCAACUAUCUGGUAUUCGAUUAACCGAGUUAAAUAUUCCCCUCCCGUAUCCUUUGGAUAAUUGAAGUUCCUCUUACAUGUAGCCAAUUCUACUGUAGUUGGUGUCCUUUGCAUUCUCAACCAUUUUGCAAUCUUUGAGUGGAGGAUUUGCAAAGAACAAUCAUAACUCAACUCAACUCCAGAAAUAACUGUUCCAUCCAGUUUGGGAACAUGCAGCAUUUUGUGCUGUGUUGGUGCACUCUAAGGUUUGAGAAUAAAUUAAUAUUAACUGAAGCUUGUUGAUUGCAUGAUUAUUUUUCCAACAGGCAACGGCCUUUAUUCAUGAAAGCUGUCACUUUCACAUUUACUGGGGAAAGAAUCUAUGAAAUUUUAAUCUUGUGUACUUUGCUAUAAGUUGGAAGGCCCUGCAUUAGCAAAUGCAGAUUACUUUUUUUGUAUUCUUGUGCCUUCAAAAUAGGGUAAGAAUUAUGCAUAUGUGUUCUGCAGUCAAGUAAUGAGUGUUCAUUUGAAUAUUUUAUCAAACCAGUAUACUCCACCUUGGUAUACUACUUUUGUAAAUAAAACAAAGUGUUUAUUUUUUUUGUCAAAAUGAUUAUAAAAGGGAGUAAGUGGUAUAUAUAGGAUUGAUACUUGGUGAAUGUGUGCUGCUCAUGGACCUCGGUGACUUAGAAUUGUCUUAUUGAAUCAUUCAUUAUUAUAUAGUAAGUAUAUUAAUAAUAAAUGUUUUACGUUCA